AGUGAAAGCACUGUUUGAGUGAUUCAUUCAAAAAUUGGUCACAAAUUGUCAAUUCAUUGCCACUUCGGGUGUCUUGAAGUAUGUCUUAUAGUCGAUGACAAUGUCCGCAACGGAUCCCUUCGCAGAGGACAUCAUACAAGACAUCACUGAUGACUAUUUGUUGGCAUUGAGUCUUCAGGCCAUUGAGGAUGAGUUCAACUCUCGCUCGCAUAGCACUCAGAGUCACACAACUGGUCCACAAAGUGAUGAUGACUUCAGCGCUCAUUUGUUUGACGAAGACCUGGGAUCUAAUGGUACGGCUGUCGCUCCCAAAGACAUAGUGAGUCCAGAGUUGGAACUGUCGGACCCCAACCCAAACAUAUGGGAUCUGAUGAGCACUUUUGACCGCAUGUUCUUCGGCUCCGUUUUGGCCAAACACUGCAUUGAGUUGUCGUGGAGUUCGCGGAUGACCUCAACGGCCGGCCUCUGCGGCUGGAGUCCCACCACGAAUUUCUGUUACAUCCGACUGUCACUGCCUUUACUGCAACUGAGAUCUCGCAAAGAUUUGGUCGAAACACUGAUCCAUGAGAUGAUACACGCCUUGCUGUUUGUCACCCGCGAAGAUGAUAAUCACGAAAGUCAUGGCCAGAAGUUUCACGAACACAUGCAUCGCAUAAACCGUAUGUCCGGCGCCGAUAUCACGGUUUACCACAGUUUUCACGGUGAGGUCCAUCACUAUCAACAACACGUGUGGAGGUGUGACGGCGCCUGUCGUUCGCGAGCGCCGUAUUUCGGUUACGUUAGGCGCGCGAUGAACCGACCGCCCGGUCCCACAGACUAUUGGUUCCCAUUUCACGCGCAGAGUUGUGGCGGAAAGUUCGCGAAGAUAUCGGAACCGCCGCCUAAGAAGGCCAACAAUAAGCCCAUUCAAGGCGUUGAUAUGACUCCCGAGAAACUCAAGAACAAAGACAUUAGAAGUUAUUUGACUCCCAAUGUGUGGACAGCCGGUGCCACCAGUGAUAGCACUGCCAGUGCCAGCAAUGAUAAGAAUCCCUUCUCUGGUGUGGGACACAGAUUGGGUGCCAUUAAGACAGAGACUAAACCAGUGGCCGGUUGUGGUAAUUAUUAUACAAAUGAGUCGAUGAAAGUGGUGACGAGUGAUGGAAAGCCUGUCCUACCAUUCAGUGGAAAGGGACGUGUGUUGGGAAGCGGUAGAACUGGUGGUCAAAUGGCUUCAAAAAGUACUAAGCCUUCAACAGUGACAACGAAAACAGAUUCAAAGCCUUUGCCACCGAAGAAGUCUAAGACAAAGGAGAAUAUUGAA